AUGUCACAUACAUUGGUCUUUGACAACAUUGAUCAAUACACCAACAAUGUUCAAAUCUAUGACGAUGACAUCACAGAGAUCAACGUACAUUACAACCAACACAUUGCCACUGCCACUGAUACUGCCAUUGCCGCCAGCACCAACCCAACAAGAGCACAGUUGAACCGUUACUACCCACAGCUGAGCACCGAGUCUCCUCAACUCUCAAUAACUGUGGACUACAAAGACACGUCGAGCAAGAUACACAUGGAGCACUACUCCACCGUCAAGCAGAUGUCGCUGAACGACAGCGCUCUCGUCUGUCGCACGAUCGAGGCACUGAUCGGUCAUCCUCUGUUGCCACUCUCACGUCAGUCACCAAUCGCCAGUCUUGUGUUUAUGGGCUUGGUGCCACGCGAACUAAGCCUGCCACUGUUUGAUCAGACGAGCGACCCGUCGAUCAUCAAGACACCAGGUGCCAAACAGAGGUUCCUCCAGCAGCACAUCGACUUUGCGCCCACUGGAUGGAUGUCUGCACUGUCGAGCACUCGCCAGCCUCAGCAGGACAACAGGUCACCAAUCACACCCAUCAUCCUGGCCUCAUCCUCAGCCGCCGUUCAAUCGAUUGGCAAGAGCAUCAAGCUCAGACGACAGGAUAAUAGCGGACGAUUGCAAAUGGUCUUCAACGAGGUCAUCUCGAUCGGCUCACAAAGUGUCAAGUUGACGUACAACCCUCAACCUCUGGUCACAUCAUCGAUUAGUCUGCUUCAAGGCGAGAGCAGCCAGGACAUCAAACUGGGGUCCGAUGGCAGUGCUACUGCGGCAGUCGCCAACGUGGCGCCAAAGCAGGCUGUCCCAAGCUGGACGGCCAAGGUCAACCUGAGAGAGGCACGCAAGCAGGGCUUCCACAGAGAGCUGUUCACUCAGUUGUCGAUCCACCCAACAUUGGACACCAAGGUGUCAAGCGCACACUGCUUCCUCACUAUUCUGGACAACUUUGAUCAGGGCGCAUUCGUGGACCAAUACGAGGUCAGCGAGAUUCAACGCUUCGGCGGACCCAACGUCCAUCUCUAUCAACUGAUCGACCUCGAGAAGCCAUCCUACAAUUCCACACAGAACUACGUGGCCACAUCAGUCAGCUUCACGCCACAGGCUGGUCACGUUGAGGUCAACGUGUCAUUGCCAUUCCAUCUGCGCUACCAGAACCCAAACACAUCAAACUAUCGUGUGUCCGUGGUAUCACCACCAAUAGUCUAUAUUAAGUGCCAGUCGGAUGAGUGGCAGCGUCUUGACUUGGCAACAUAUGUCGAGUCGCUACGCAUCGAGGUGCCCGUUGGCCAGCUGUCAUUACAAAAAUUCAUCAGUGAUGCCACCCUGUUUGUGACCGGUGUAGGCUCGCUAGUGGUGGUCAUUGCCAUCAUUAUCAUGUCUAGCAAGAGUGCAUCAUCGACAUCCAAGAAGCACAAGUAA